AUGACGACGGGCCGUCCUUGGGGUCUCAGACUGGUUUGGGCGAUGUUCCGUCUGAGUCCCGGAGGAACAGACUGCCUCCGAGAUCUAGGAGUGGAUGCUGAAGUGAAAUGUGACGAAGCCAGGCCAGCCUGUGGUCAAUGUGUACGUCUAGGUCAUGAAUGUGACUACAAUCCUCGGCUCUCGUUCAGAGACGACACGCCUAGAAUCGUGGAACGAAUGCAAGAUGUCUCUGUGAUUGGAAACACCGUCUGGGCAAACCCUCCUAGCCACACAUCAACCGCAUACAUACGAUCCGCAGAAGACCUAUUGCCGCCAUUCCAAUUGUUAACGACCGAUGAAGAACGAGAGAAGAAAGCGGAACUGUAUCAACCUGGCACAUACCAUGUCAUUGCCAACCAAGAGAGCUUUGAGUCAUUGCCGGAAUAUAGAGAUGGGGGCACGUCAAUGGUAGGGAGCAGACGGGGCCUCCUUCAGUCCAGCAAUCAUCGAAGUGAGGUGGGCUAUGAUGUGCCACAAAGAGGUCCGAGAGAUGGACACGAUCCCAAUGUUGUGAUAUUGAGAAGCUUUGAGGAUGUGCCUCGUAGAGCAUCUCUCCAAAGUUCUUACAUAUCAGUUGCUCGUCCUUCUUCGCCAUCUCACUCCCUUACUCGACAUUCACCUCGACGCCAUUCCAGCGACCUUCAUGGAAUGGCUUCUUCGAUCAGCUCUGAACGCCAUGAAAGGAGAGACGCUAUCCUGCUAGAGCAUUACCGCAGAAUUAUAUCACCAAAGCUCUUCAGACGAGAACUUGAUGAUGGAGAAGAGGAUGUAUUUGAAAAAGAAGCUAGGACACAUCCGCCGGUUUUCCAUGCCAUCACAGCAUUGGCGCAACUUACAGUGAGUGGAGUUCACACGGCAGAUGCUCUAGAGCAUUAUCAGCAAGUUAUCCCAGCUCUUCAAAGUAUCGUACAGUCAUCCCAAGACUCGUAUUCCGAUGGCGCGUUCUUCACACACUUCCUCUUACUCCUCUAUGAGAUUGCAGCAGCUCUCCACGGCGAUGCAAGCAUGGCUCAGCACCACAACGAUCAGCUGCUGCGGAUCAUCAGACUUAGGCGUCAAGCGAAUGGUGCGGAGCCCUACGAAUUUCUGGUCUGGUGUAUUGCAGUUAUCGAUAUCUACUCACUGUUGAGCAUGGGUGGCAGUGGAGUUUUCACUGAAACACUGAUAAAAGAGAACUUGGUUCCCCCUCCCGAACGAUGUUUAGCAUCUGACAUACCGGUUUCAUCUCAAGAACAGCUAUAUCUUCCUUUGCUAAGGAAGAUUUACAAAGAGAUCCAUCUACUGUUGUUUCGCGUAGCCCAAGAAGCACGAGUCAUGAGAGUAGAGUCAACACAAAGACAAAUUUCGGCUCCAGGUAUGGCCGACUCCGAGUCUACAAAUACAAGAAGAGGGCGUGUACAGAAUUUACUCAACCUGAUCAAUCAGUCGUAUUCUACUUGGAUAAUGCAGUUUCCGGGCUUGUGGAGACUGCCGACAAAAUCAGAACCGACGAGCCCAAGAGUUUUCUACUGCAUCCAGCAGAUCUUUCUCUUAUACCGAACCUGUAUACUCUACGCCCAUACCAGCAUGUUCCCCAACCAAUCCAACAAUCCUAUGCCUGCUUACGAUCAAAUAUUCACUGUUGCAAGGGAGAUCAUAGAAGCAGUCGCUGUAGUUCUCUCCGAGAAGAGAGAUCAAGUCCGCACUGUAAUGCUCCCUCUCUUCAUCGCAGGAUUUACAUCGAAAGACCAGACGGAGAAACAGAUGGUAUUAGAUCUACUUCUAGCUAUCGAGACGCAGGAUUAUAGAGGCAGCACGGACCGUGCAAGGCGAGUGCUUGAGAGGUUGUACGAAAAGCAGCGCCUCGCGACGAUGGAAUUGAAAAAUCCUAAUUCAGUGGACUGGACAGAAGAAGUGCAGAGGAGUGGGAAUAUAUUCAUAAUCUAA